ACCCCUUGGCGGUUGCCAGGGAGACGGGGCUGUUUACCAGCUGGUCGCAGCCAGGCACAGGAGGCGGAUGGAGCUGAGCUGCGAGGGGUCCUGAGAAGCAAUGGCCAUAGAAGCUCCUGUGAACUUUGCACCACCUGAACGCAGCACUGUGGUCAGCACCGCAGCUGACAGCUUCACCUGGCAGCCCAGAAUGCACGUCAUCAGGCCCAAGUCUGCCAAGGGCCGGAAGCGGCCGAAUUUGCACAGACCACAAGGCAUGGGGGAUGGCUCCUCCGGUGUGCUAUCCACCUCACCUCCACCAUGUUCCUCCGGGUCGCCAGGCAACCAGAAACCAGGAGUCUGUGCAACUGUCUCUCCAUCCCAGGGAACUCCUGAUGAGAUGCCGGAGCUGCUGCCGCAGGCACCCAUAGGGACCGCUUCAUCUCUCAAUAGGUACCCAGUCCUCCCAUCCAUCAACAGAAGGAGCUUGGAGGAUGGGGCUGUGGACACUGUCUCCAGCAAGACCAGUUCCCUGCAGCUGAGCAGCGUCCAGGCCCUUUACCAAGAGGAAGCCCGCGCCACUGUGAAGUCAAGCCAGGAAGACUCCAGAACACAAGUCUGUGCCUUAGAGAAGAAAUUCAUCAUCCAAACCAAAAGACAGAGUUCCUCCAGGGCCUCAAACAUGGAGGAGCCAUCGGACGAAGAGCCGAGGCUGCUGCUGGCCGUCAGGUCACCCUCAGGCCAAAGGUUCGUGCGCUACUUCAGGCCUAGUGACGACCUCCAGACUGUCCUCGAGGUGGCCGAGCAGAGAAACAAAGCCACCUACCAACACUGCAGCAUUGAAACAAUGGAGGUGCCCAGGAGACGCUUCUCUGACCUCACCAAGUCCCUGCAGGAGUGCAGUAUCCUCCAUAAAUCUGUGCUGGGCAUCUCUCAGGAGGAGGGGGAGGGGUGGCCCUGAGCUGUCUUCACCAGGCUGGGGCCCCAGGUCUUUGAGCAAAGAGAAUGUUGGGCAGCCUGAAGCCUCCAACACAACCUUGGUUUCAAGUGCCACACGAGCCCAGUUCAGGGAAGACCCUAGGGCCUUGUCUGUAUAGAAUGUUUGUAGAGCAGGGACGAAUCUACACACGGGAAGAGCCCUCUGGAAAACUCCCUUGUAGCCCCACACUUCUAAUGCAGCCACAGGGAAGUUCUACAUCCAUCCCUAGACUGUGGCUGCGGCCAGGAUAUCUUCUUUCCACCGCUGUCUCCUUCCAGAAUCUUCUGUCAGUGCAGUGAACUCUGGAUCUCUCAAAGACAACACUUUGCCUUUCUGUACUUGACACCAGAUUAAACUCUUCCCGGAGAGGAUUCUAGUCUAGCAAAUAACCAGGGUUUAGGAAUCACGGCACUGACACUGGUAUUUUUGCAAUAUUGUGAGAGACAGGCUGCUGAUUCCGUGUUUGGAUGCAGCCUCCUUCCCGAGCUACACCAGCAGAGAUUCCUGAGGAUCCCUGUUGGUAUGAGGUGGCAGCAAAGGGAAGAACGACCUUCUGCUGUCACAAAUCCCCCAGCAGAAACAUUUCUGAAAUGUCCUAGAGCUAGCCCAUACAAAUUGCCUCUACAGCCACAGACUAGCCAGGGCUACUUUUGCGUGGACUGAUGGUUGGAGCUUAUUGGUAGCACCUGUCUAUGUGCAUAGUCUUUCCAAAAUGGAAGUAACAUAUGCAGCACCCUGUUUUUAAGAUGCACACA